AUGGAGGCCAUAACACCCCCCAAACAUCUUCUCAGCUCAUGGGCCGACGAUUCCUCACUCAUACGUAAACUGGAUUUAUGGACAUCACUAUGUCUCGGCAUUAUCCUCAUCAGCGUCUUCACGAUAAUACCCCACAUUCGCAAGCCUUCUCGCAAACUCCCCUCCGUCAACCCGGGGCGACUAUUCGAUUUCUUCGACCAAGAACGGAAGAAGGGUUUCUUGAUAAAUGCUCGUCGUAUCAUGGAAGACGCCCGAACUCAAUUUCCCGGCCAGCCUUACAGACUUAUGACGGACGUUGGUGAAACAGUUGUCAUUCCGCCGGAUCUAGUUCACGAUAUUCGCAAUGAGCCAGGGUUGAGCUUCUCAAAGGCUUUCGCAGACAACUUCCACCCUCAACUGAAUGGAUUCGAAGGGUUCGCGGUUGGCAACAGACCGGACGGACUUUUCCAGCUUGUCAUCAAGAAGCGCAUCACCAAAUUACUCAAUCAAAUCACGGAGCCUCUUGCGUCGGAAACCAGAUUUGCUGUCGAUCACAUCUUCGGCAAGCCCACCGAUUGGCAAGAGUAUAACACCAAAGACACCAUUCUCGACCUCAUCUGCCGCCUUUCCUCCCGCGUUUUUCUCGGCGAUGAAGUAUGCCGCGACGAAGCCUGGCUCGCGAUAACAAAGUCCUACACCGUCAACGCCUUCCUCGGCGCCGAGAUCCUGCGUCCGUACCCAUACUGGCUGCGUUACGCCGCCAACUUGAUCCUCCCUGAGUGCAAAACUCUUAGGCGGCAGGUAUCUGAUUCUCGAGACAUCAUUGAGCCGGUGCUUCAAAAACGUAGAGAUGCGCGACAGCAGGCUAUUGAGAGGGGCGAGCCGGCGCCGAAGUUUAAUGAUGGCAUUGAUUGGUUUGAAGAGGAGAGUCAGGGCCGGGCGUACGAUGUUGUUGGCGCGCAGCUGGGUCUGUCGGUCGUUGCAAUUCACACCACCACGGAUCUACUCGUGGAGACGAUGCUACGCAUUGCAGAGAACCCGGAGUUAUUUGAUGCCCUUAGGAAGGAAAUUGUGGAAGUUCUGACCGCUGAAGGCUGGAAGAAGACGGCUCUUUUCAAUAUGAAACUCAUGGACAGCGUCUUGAAAGAGUCACAACGACUGAAGCCAGUCACAUCUGCAAUCAUGGCCCGCAUGGCAACCCGCCAAGUGACCCUCCCCAACGGCCUCAAACUCCAAAAAGGAGAACGCUGCGUCGGCGACCUAGGCAAGAUGCACGACCCCUCCAUCUACCCGAACCCCGAAGCCUUCAAUGGCUAUCGCUUCCUCGAGAUGCGCGACGACCCGAAGCUUGAUAGCCAAGCCCACCUCGUCAGCACAUCACCCUCGCACCUCGGUUUCGGCCAUGGCCAGCACGCGUGCCCGGGUCGCUUCUUCGCCGGCAACGAGCUCAAGAUUGCGCUGGCGCAUUUGCUGAUGAAGUUUGACUGGAAGUUGACGCCUGGGUAUGAGCAUCAGUGGCAGGAGUGGGGGUUUGCGUGGAACUCGGAUAGUACGGCGAAGCUAUUGUUUAGGAGAAGGGAGGCGCCGGAGAUUGAUAUUGAUGCGAUAUGA